CCCCUGCCACGGGCUGCGGGAGGCUGGCCUUUCCUGCUCCCGGCUGAGGCUGCUCGAGAGCUGCGGUUCGCCGCUUCAUUGGUAACCAUAAACUGCCUGGUGAUGAUUUGUGAUUCCCAGAAGAUAUCUAUUCCAAACCCUGAACAACAGUGUUCAGGCAACAGGUGAAGAAAAGGCCCCGUGGAGAGCAAGAAAGCAGGAUUUUCUGCCGAUUCUGGACAAAGAUGGCAACCAGUGAUGCUGUUCUAAAGAGGCUAGAGCAGAAAGGUGCAGAGGCAGACCAGAUCAUUGAAUAUCUCAAGCAGCAGGUUGCCCUUCUCAAGGAGAAGGCAGUUUUGCAGGCAACUUUGAGAGAAGAAAAGAAACUUCGAGUUGAAAAUGCUAAACUGAAGAAAGAAAUAGAAGAGCUAAAGCAGGAGCUGAUUCAGGCGGAGAUUCAGAAUGGGGUGAAGCAAAUUCCAGUCCCAUCUGACACUCUGCAGCAAGCUAAACCUGCAGUUUCUGCUACUAUGGUACAGUCUACCUCGGUAUCAACCACCUCUUCUAGUGUAAAAGAACAGACUAAAGGAGGGGGAGGAGAAGAAAAGAAGGUAAAAGAGAAAGCUGAAAAGAAAGGAGAGAAAAAGGAGAAGAAGCAGCAGUCAGCAGCAGCAAGUACUGACUCAAAGCCAAUAGAUGUUUCUCGUCUGGAUCUUCGCAUUGGUUGUAUUGUUACUGCCAAAAAGCAUCCAGAUGCAGACUCGCUGUAUGUAGAAGAAGUAGAUGUGGGGGAAGCAGCCCCAAGGACUGUCGUCAGUGGACUGGUGAAUCACGUUCCUCUGGAGCAGAUGCAAAAUCGGAUGGUGGUUUUACUUUGUAAUCUGAAGCCUGCAAAAAUGCGGGGAGUACUGUCUCAAGCAAUGGUAAUGUGUGCUAGUUCACCGGAGAAAGUGGAAAUUCUGGCACCUCCCAAUGGGUCUGUUCCUGGAGACAGAAUUACUUUUGAUGCUUUCCCUGGAGAGCCUGACAAGGAGCUGAACCCUAAGAAGAAGAUCUGGGAGCAGAUCCAGCCUGACCUGCACACCAAUGCUGAGUGUGUGGCCACAUACAAAGGGGCUCCCUUCGAGGUGAAGGGAAAGGGCGUUUGCAGAGCCCAAACCAUGGCCAAUAGUGGAAUUAAAUAAGUGUUCUGUUACUGAAAGACAUUGAGAAACCUUGAUGACAAUAAAGAGGAGUAUAUUUGUCACUUACACAUAGAAUAUGAGUUGCUCUUUUUGU